AUGUCUGAAAAUAGAUCAAGCUUCCCAAAAGCCUAUUUGAAACUUUUUAAGUCAAAUGCACCAGAAAAUCUCGUCAGUGUACAUCUAAAUCAGCAGUCAGUAAUAUGUGAUCCAAAGACUGGUGCACGAAAAUCCCCAUUUGUUUCGAAGUUCGUGGACAAAAUUCCAGUGAAAACAAUGAAAGAUGUUUUUGAAUAUGGCUUAAAUACUUCAAGGUUUUAUCCAUGUCUAAGAAUACGACUCCCUUCCAAAAAUAAAUACUCAUGGCUCAUUUACAAUGAGGUAGAUAAAAAAAUAAAAGCUAUUGGGACAGCUCUUGUGAAAACUGUGAGACAAAGACGUAAUGCUGAAAACUUUGUGGGAAUCUAUGGACCGAACUCACCGGAGUGGGUUAUUAUGCAACAUGCAUGCGCUGCAUAUGGUUAUACUAUUGUGCCCAUCUAUCCUACAUUUGGUAAUGAAGCAAUGCAACAUAUUUUAUCUCAAACACAAGUGAAUUGUAUGCUGUGUAAUUCAGGAACUGAAGCUCUUCAUCUACUGGACAAGUUCGAAUCUUCUCUUGAAUAUUUAAUCAUUGUUUCAUAUGAUGUUAAAGUUGAAGAAGUGAAGUCUCGUCACGGCUCAAAAGUCUCUGUGUACUUGUUUGAGGAUUUCCUGGAACUGGGAAUGAAUAAACUUUUACCAAAGAAAGAUCCAUUGCCAUCUGACCUCUACAUGGUUUGCUAUACUAGUGGAAGCACCGGAUUACCUAAAGGAGUUAUGGUUAACCAUGAACAGAUUGUGGAUGCUGUAUUUUCCAUACUAGAAGCUUCAGAAAACAAGCUCAUCAAAUCCAAUUCAAGUCAUCUUUCAUAUCUCCCAUUGGCGCAUAUGAUGGAACAAAUACUCUCGUCCUAUUAUAUUAUGAUGGGAGCCCGUCUGGGAUUUCUAACUGAUUCUAUUGAUAAUUUGGUGGUAGACGCACAAGCUUUGAAACCAGGUGUGAUAACAGCAGUUCCACGAAUACUUUCUAGUAUUUACACUAAAUAUCAGAAAUCAUUGGAUGAUUCCAAAAUCAAAAGACAACUUUACAAUCGGAUUGUGAAGAUUAAAAUGGUUGAACAAAAACGUGGAAAAUUCUAUCAUAAUAGUAUCUUGGAUACGUUAUGCUUUAAGAAACUUAGGAAGUUAUUAGGCGGACGUGUAUAUUGUGUUGUCAGCGGAGGCGCUCCAUUACCAACGGAGAUAUCAAAGUUUGUACAUGCUGCAUUUGGCUUGCUUGCUGAGGGGUAUGGAUCAACAGAAACAAUGGGGAGUAUAACUAUUACUUUACUUGGAGAGUACCGUCUAGGUACCGUAGGUUCUGUCGCACAUGGUGUAGAAGUGAAACUUGUUGAUGUAAAAGAUCUGGGUUUAGAUGCACUGCGAGAUCAAAGAGGAGAAAUCUGCGUGAAAGGCAAACGAUGCACAAAAGGCUAUUACAAAGAACCAGAAAAAUCCGCCGAACUUAUUGACAAUGAAGGAUGGUUACAUACUGGGGAUAUCGGUGAAUGGACACUAGAGGGUUCGUUGAAAAUUGUGGACCGUCUAAAAAGCAUAUUCAAAUUGGCUCAAGGUGAAUACGUUGCACCGGAAAAAGUGGAAAUGGUUUAUAAAUGCUGUAAAUUAGUAAGCCAAAUUUUUGUGGACGGUAAUAGUAAACAAAAUUACCCUGUUGCUAUCGUGGUUCCCGAUUUUACCGAGUUACGUUCUUGUUUAAACAACUCAGGAGUACUACAUUGCUCAAAACUUUCGGAUCAUGAACUUUCCCAGAACAAAGUUGUAAAUAAAUUUGUCCUAGAACGGAUGAAUGCUGUCGCUGAUGAAAAUAUGCUGAAAAGUUUUGAAAAGGUUCAGGCCAUUUAUUUGACAGAUCAGGCAUUUAACGCUGAUAAUGGGUUGCUAACUCCAACGAUGAAAUUAGCACGUAUCAAAGCUCGAAGUUACUUUUCAAAGAUAAUAGAUAGUUUAUACCCUCAAUCUUAGAUUGUCCUUACCUCUUCUUCGAAUUAAACUGUGUAGUAUUUAACUUUCGAUACCAUUUAUAAAUGAAACAAGUGUGUUUUGCGCCGGUAUUUUUUCAUGGGUUCUAUAAGGCGGACUGUAAUACUUUUGAACAUAGCUAUUGUUCUAUGUUAGCCUUAUGGUUAUAGCAUAAUCUGGCUAACAAUAUUUGUUGUGUUGAUUUUAAUAAUUCAAACUCAUCAUAUUUUUCAUAUUCUGUUUUAUUAAACCCAUAAAGACAAAUGAAUUGCAGUUUUUGUAUUCAUAUUUUUUUUUACUUGCCCUUACCUUUGUUUAGAGGGUUUCACAGGUUAUCAUCGUGUUAAUGUUACCUUAGAACCGAAUAACUACUUUUGGAGCACUGGAAAGAUAUAAAUAAUCUUUGAUAUUUUAAAAUAGACUUUUUCAUUGGUUUCUAGACAUGAACAAUGGUACACUUUUGGUUUGUUGUCAC